AUGAAUUUCAAGCUACAAGGCACCGGUGAGAGUGAACUUAUGAAGCUCAUAUCUUCUCCAAGAUCUGGGAAACCACCAAGUGAUGCUCAAGGAGGAAACGAGGGGAGUGAAGAUGGUGUGUUGUCGUGUAGAGGCGCCGGUGACUGUGAAACAGAAGCAGAAGCAGUCAAAGAGGAAUCAACACUAAAAGCCCCAAAUUUAAGCGUACUGUUGAUAAUAUUGAUAGCAAGUUUCUCGUCGAAAAUCCGGUAUUAUCUUUCUCAAAUUUUAUGUUUUACGUAGAAUUAGAGCCCGCCUUCCGAAAUUCCUGAAGAAUAACUUAUGCUAAUUGGUCAAUUGAUGCUAUUUGAGGCUCUUAAUUUGAUUUGUUGUUGUAUAUUCCACUUUAUAACGAAUAUAGAUCUCAUGAUCAUGUUCAUUUA